AUGGUAGAUAGUAAUAAUGAUCAACCGGAACGCCAGGCAUUGCUUGAUAAUGACCUGCAAACGUCAAAUAACAGUAAACCAUCAAUGGUCCAGAAAAAGUACAUACCCACCCCGCAAGAUACAAGAAAGUCUAGAGCAGCAUAUACAGGAAGUGCCAUGAUCAAUCCGAUAAGCAAGCAAAGUCGUACAGGGGCAGGUGCUCAAAGAACAUCACGCACAGCACAGAAACUAAAACUUCUACCAGAAGAACCAUUCCAAAGAGAUGGCGAAAGACUUUCAGAUUUAAAGAAUCAGGAGGUAUAUUCCCAAGUAAAUAGAAUAAAAGAUAAGCCUGCUAGAAGAGAUGCUGAAAAGUUAGGAAAAGCUCACAGACAUUUGCUCCCCAGAUCCACUGCAUAUUGUACCGCUAGCAGUUACAAUAUGAAAGAGCUGAUAAGGUGGUUAAAGGACUGUCGAAAGUUACACCACACUCAUCCUAAGUUAUUUGAUGAAUGCUUGUACACCCCUUUUAUUUACAACGAUUGGAGGGGAGACAAAAGAUUUGAGCAUGAAGAUGUCAUUAGGUUAGACGAUGAGGGUGGUGAAAUUAUUGUUAGUGACAAGCACCCAGAUCUGUUUAUCUUUGAAUAUGGUGUGGUUGUUAUGUGGGGGUUUACUGAAAGAGAAGAAAAGGCAUUUUUAAACGAUAUAGAGAGGUUCGAAAAAGAAAAAUUGGCAGAAGAAGAUAUUCAAGUUGAAGAGUUUAAUUAUUAUGUCACAAAAAGUUACCAACCGAGGAUAUAUAACGAUUUCAUUACCUUGAGAGAUGGUUCAAAUUACAUGGUAAAACUCUCUAUAUCUCACGCAAUUGCUCAAAGCGUAAAAAUUUCACUCUUCGAAGAGCUAGUAGAUAAUACUAUUGAAGAUACUCAGGACAUACCGCAAGAAAUUGCAUACAGUGGGAAGGUUUCUAUGAGCAAAGAAGAUAUAAUGAAAAGUAUAGGGGAGCUGUUCAUUUUGAGGAUAAAUAUCAAUCUGCAUGGAUCAGUUCUAGACUCUCCUGAGAUUAUGUGGUCAGAACCACAAUUAGAACCCAUAUACCAAGCAACAAGAGGUUACUUGGAGAUUAAUCAGCGCGUUUCACUUUUAAACCAAAGACUAGAGGUCAUUUCAGAUCUUCUUCAAAUGCUGAAGGAACAGCUGGGCCAUUCUCAUGAAGAAUAUCUUGAAUUUAUUGUCAUAUUGCUAGUGGGUGUGGAGGUCCUAAUAUCGGUGAUCAAUAUAGUUGUUGACAUGUUGGCAAGUCAGCAUUGA